CGUUCCAGGUUUUAUAUUAUUAUUUACUUCCGGUUAAAUUUAAAAAUAAGCGUGGGUUGGCUACCUCAGUCGACAAUGUUUUGUUCAAGAAAAAGACCAUUUCCUUUUAUUGCCUCUGAUAAUGACAGCAUAAACGUAAAAGCAAAAUGCUUUUGUCCUACGAGAGAGUUCACACAUCUACCAGUUAAUAAUAGUCAUGAUUUUUCUGAUAGAACAGCCACCCAUGAAACAAUGGAAACUAAUAUUUGCAGCAAUAAUAAUACAGAAACUGAAUGUGACAGAAAUCCUCAGACCUUACCAGUCAAACAACAUAAUUGUCGACAGUGUUUGGCUGGACAAGGGGGUCAUUUCAUGCAUUUAUCAUCAGAUGGUAACAAUAACAGGUGACACAAAGAUAAUACAGCCAAGUUUCAAGGAUCUCUUAGAACAGAUGUCUCAAAUAUUGUGUUCUUUUAUCCUGUAUAGUGUGCUCACAGAAACAAUGUGAGGGAAUAUGUUAUGUACAUUUGUAUUCAGUUACAAUGUGUUGUCGGUAAAGACUACUUAAGAUGUGUCCCACAUAGUAUGUAAAUUACUAGACAGCUGUUCAGUAUUUGAUUAAAGUCAGCGGCACUAGUCAUUAAAUAUAAGUCUGUUUACUACUAGUAUACAGUUUCUUGAACAACAAAAAUAACUUGGUAGCAGUCAAAAAAGAUUUUAUGUCAAAAAAGUCCUACAGCAAAAUCUGUUCAUUAAGACAUUUCAUUUAAGGUAGUUAAUUGUGUAUUUUUUUAAUUUUUUCAUAGUGAAACAUGUGAAAUUACAUACUUCAUUAGUCCUUCCAUUGUUUGUCGCAAUAUGUUCAUAGUGAAACAUUUGUAUAUGUAGUAUAUAUAUAGCAACAGAAUAUUAUUUACUUAUUUACUGUUAACAAAGUCCUCAGAAACAAAUGAAAUGACAUCUUUUGGGCUAUAAGACAAGAAAGUGUCUGACAUAGUUUCUAUCUUGUCAACCAUGGAUUAUCUUAGGUAGUUAUAAGAAAGCAAAUGUCUAUUACAAUUUAUGUUUUUUGUGAUUUUAUUUUACUAGCCAAAACAUAUAUUUCAGUUUAGGUAAUUACGAUUUUUUUCAAUUUUUUUUUUCAAAUAAUGUUUGAUUUUUUUAUAUGCCUGUUUACGGGACAUAUUAUGGUAUACCCUUGUCUGUUGUCAACAUGACAGACUAUUAUUAAAAAAGCUUUAACUAAUUUGUAUGAAACUUUGAUGAAUUAUUUUAUAUGUUUAUGAUUUUUUAUAUUUUUAUUAUUUUACAUCUCCGAGUUGUGGAGUUUUGUUCAUUUAGAAGUUUCAGACUAUUACUAAAAAAUGGUUUGAGCAGUUUUAAUGAAAUUUGGUCAAUCAGUUGUAUAUGUUAACAUAAUCCCUUUCAAUUUUGAUAAAUUUGAGAUUUUAUGUUUUCAAGUUUCAGUAUUUUAUUCAUAUAAAAAGGGUGAUUUUUCCAGUUUUCAGAAAAUAACUCAAAAGAACUUUGAGCAGUUUUGAAACUUGUGGACUAAUUUAUAUUUUAAAAUUAAAAUAACAUCCCUAUAUAUUUUGUUUUAUUGAUUAAUUAUGUGAGAUUGAGGAAUUAUUUAGUCCUAUUCUUUCAAAAAGUGAUGGGCUUAUCAUGCACUCAUGGUGUAGCUCUGUAUCUAAUUUACUCUCAGAAACAAGCAAUAUCAUUUGUGUUUUGAUUGGAGUUCAUUAAGCCUUUGCUAAACGUGUAUUUUGAUAAAUAUAAUUAAGGUGGUACAUAAUUACACUACAAGAAGAUAACUCUGUAAAAUGAACUGAACGUUUUAAUUAAGUUAUAUUGUAAAGAAAAUUUGAAUCUUCAAAAUGAUCAAAAUAAGUGUUUGUCAGACUGCUUUAUAUCCAACCAUUUUUUUCCAAUAAUGUGUCUGGUUCAGAUUUUUUUACAUUUUCAUUUUUUUGUCAAAGGGUCAAAAUAAAUAUUUUGUCAAAAUUUUAUAAAAAUUAAACAAGAUGAAUUAAUUUGAGUCAUUGUGUUUGGUACAACUUCAAUAGAAAUAAAAGGAGAAGAUGUCAGUUACACAUCAAUGAUAAAAAUUUAUAUAAAUCAAUUAAUCAUGUUAACACUGCUGACUUGAAAAAAUCUCAAAUAAAAUGGAAUAAAAAUAAUUCUCUGCGAAAUUAUCUCCCCUUAAGGGCAUACGAUACAGUUUUGAUCCUGUAUUUACAAGUUCAUGAAAAUUUGCAUAUAGGCUAUUUUUUACCUGAUUAAAUCAAAUAUGUAAUAAAAAAUAUACCUUCAUGUGCUACUUUUUGCGUAAAAUGAGGUCGAAAUUUUGUAUGUUUGCUCGAAAUUCAGAUUUGUGGCCGUAAUUUCUUUUUCGAAAGAAAGACAUAACUUUUUUGUUAUAAAAGAUAAAAACAAAUUGUUUUUUGUUUAAUAAUCGGUAAUUUCUGUAUUUUAUAAAUAUCUUUCAAAAAUAUGCAUUUUUUAUUCAGAAAUGACUCAUAUUUAUCAAAUGUUCAUGAAUUGAGGAAAAAACGUAAUUUUUUACUGCAUGUUUAUCACAAUUAAAAAAAAUCCUCUAUUUACAGUUUUAUAAAAUUUGGGUCAAAUAAUCUCCCUGCAAAAUGAAACCAAAUGCCGUUUUGAAAAAUAGGGGUCCAUGAACUCGUUUUCAAAUUAAAUCAGUUUGAAUGAUAAAAAUCAGUCGAAAAAUGCAUCUUUUCCCGAUAUGUCACAGUUUGACGUUGUGAAAAUAACAAAUUACGUUAGCAACGUCAUUACCUUCCCUGAAACUGUAUCGUAUGCCUUUAACAAAAACUUAUGAACAAGUAUGUACAACAAAUGUACAAUUAUAGACUUAUCUUUUUCAAAAGCAAUUCACUUAAAAUUGAUUUUAGGGAGAUUCAAUUCAAAUUAUCCUCUUAAUAAAAUUAUGACAGUGUGGUUAAUACAGGUGACUUAUUUAAUUUGACUGUUAAUUGAAAUAUUUUAUUAAUUUAAUGAUGAUAUUGUACAGAUUUUUUAUAUGCAAAGCAGCAAACUGAAAAGCUAAUACUGAUUAACUGUGUCCAGUAAUUCAGUAGGGUAUUUUUUGUACUUAGUUAGUAAUUUUAUAAAUUGUUUAAACAUCUAUUGAUGUAUUGAUUUUACCACCAUGACAUUUUAUUUAACAAAUUUAUAAAUAGGUUUUUGCAUUUGAAAACGCAUGAAUUUUAGCAAAAUUGAAUUGUUAAAUUCUUGUAUUUAUUGUAUUAACUAAUAUUGAUAUCCAACAGUUUUUUU